CGCCACCAUCAACAUAACAUCCACCCGCCCGACGCGCUCGCCAAACCGAGCACCUAAACGCAGCAGCGCCGCCGUUCGAGUUUCCAUCCGCGGACCUCCCGCGACCGCCGUCGGCGACCCCUGAACUCUUACCCGCACAAGUUAACAGACAGUAGCCAAAAUGCCGCCCCCCAAGGCAAAGCACUCGAAGAUGGUGACGCUGCUGCACUACCGUCUCAAGGUGACGCUCAACGACGGCCGCCAGCUCGUGGGCCAGAUGCUGGCAUACGACAAGCACAUGAACUUUGUCCUGGCCGAGUGCGAGGAGUUUAGGACGGUCAAGGGGAAGAAGACAAAGGACACGCCGGCUGGCGAGCCCACGCCCACAGUACAGCAGAAGCGCACCCUCGGCCUCGUCAUUCUGCGCGGCGAGACGAUCGUGUCCGUGUCCGUUGAAGGCCCGCCCCCCGCCACCUCGGACGGGCCGGGCAUCGCUGCGGGACCCGGCCGCGGCGUGCCCGCCGGCCGUGGGAUGCCGCUCGGCGCUGGCGCCGGCGCGCCCGCGAUGGCCGCCCGGCCCAUGCCAUAUGCCCGCCCACCACCGGGCUUCCCACCCGGCAUGGCGCCGCCGCCGGGGAUGCCGCCUGGGUUCCCGCAGGGCAUGCCUCCUGGGUAAGUCGCGCGCGCGAUGCCGUGGGUGGUGGGGCGGAGGGACGAGGAGAGAGAGAAGGUGGAAGGCGAACAGAGUGGGCCGGCAGGCGGGCAGAUCAACGAGCGGCGAGCUGAGCGCGGGUACAGCAGAGGAGCGGGCGCUAUGACUACCUACGAGCCAUGGACCGCAGCUGACAGCAGAAUGCCGCCUGGAUUCCGCCCGCCCGGAGGACCUCCUGGAUUCCCUCCUGGGUAAGUGCGGCGCGCGCUGCUGGCGUCCGCCGUAUCAUACUGACGACAGAUUCCCGCCCCGUCC